AACUGAUGUACAAUGGCUGGUGAGCUCUGGUCCAGUUCACUCUCAGUCACAUGACAGAUAAUCUAGAGCGGCAGUUCCGCGUUUAUUGCGACAAGCACAGUAGAUACAGUGACAAGCUGAAUGGAUACUUAAAGCGGCGUCUUUCUUUAUGAUUUUGUUUGAUCAUUUCCGUUGUGAUCGCCUCGCGGCGUCGUGUUCGCUCUGGGGUGGCCCUCGAGGGAAAAGCGGAGUGGCGCGGGGACGUUCAGCAACAUGUUCAGCAGGGUCAGGUCGGCCGUGGCCAGUUUGGUGGGCGGCUUUAUGCCUGGCUCAGCCAGCAGCGGAGAGCGAGCGACUGGCGUGGAUUUGCCGCUGAAGUUCCCGUACGUGAGGCCGGAGUUUCUGGGACUGUCACUGGACGAGGUGGAAUGCUCGGCUGAUCAUGUGGCGCGACCCAUCCUAAUCCUCAAAGAGACGAAGAGGUUACCAUGGGCAACUGGCUACGCAGAGGUGAUAAAUGCUGGGAAAAGUGCUGUGAAUGAGGACCAGGCCUGUUGUGAAGUCAUGCUGGUGAAGAAGAGACCCACCGGAUCCUCCACACCCUGCAAACCAUCCAAGAGGAGAUCCUCUCUGCCUAAUGGAGAGGGUAACAGCCUUGCUGAGAGUUCAAUGGAGAAUGGCGAGAUGGUCUUCCACUACUGGGCUCUGUUUGAUGGACACGCUGGCUCAGGUGCAGCUGUUAUGGCCUCCAGACUGCUCCAUCGGCACAUUGCGGAGCAGCUGCAGGAGAUUUUGGAUGUUCUGCGCAACCUGGCAUCACUGCCACCUACUGUAAUGGGAGAUGACCUGGAUCAUACCAGUACCCCCUGCAUGCCUCGAGCCCUCUCAAGAGCAUCCUCCCUGCGCAACUCGCCGUGUACUACUGCGCCACGCUUUUUCACUGAGAAGAAGAUCCAGCAUGAGAGCCUUGUGAUCGGUGCCCUCGAGAAUGCCUUCAAACACAUGGAUGCCCAGAUCGAGAGGGAAAAAGCUGUGUAUAAUAUCAUGGGUGGAUGCACUGCACUCGUGGCGUCGUUCAUUCUGGGCAAGCUGUAUGUGGCCAAUGCAGGGGACAGCAGAGCUAUCAUAAUCAGGAAUGGUGAGAUCAUCCCCAUGUCUGCAGAGUUUACUCCUGAAUCAGAGAGACAGAGACUGCAGUUCCUGGGUUACAUGCAACCUCAUCUGUUAGGGGGAGAGUUCACACACCUGGAGUUCCCUAGGAGGGUCCAGAGGAAGGAGGUGGGCAAAAAGAUGCUGUACCGUGACUUCACCAUGACUGGCUGGGCAUAUAAAACCAUUGAGGAUGAGGACAUCAGAUUCCCUUUAAUAUACGGUGAAGGAAAGAAGGCUCGAGUGUUGGCAACAAUCGGCGUGACUCGUGGGCUCGGUGAUCACGACCUCAAAGUUCAUGACUCUAAUAUCUACAUUAAACCAUUUCUGUCCUGCUGUCCUGAGGUGAGAGUAUAUAACUUGACGCAGUAUGAGCAUGGCACUGAUGACGUCCUGGUGAUGGCCACCGAUGGCCUAUGGGACGUUCUCUCUAACGAGGAAGUGGCCGAGUACGUCACUUCUUUCCUCGCGAACUGUGACCCAGAUGACUUGCACAGGUACACCAUGGCAGCACAGGAUUUGGUGAUGCGUGCUCGGGGCGUGCUCAGGGACCGUGGAUGGCGCAUAAAAGACGAUCGCCUUGGCUCCGGAGAUGACAUUUCCGUUUACAUCAUUCCACUUAUGUAUGGUAACCGACAGCCAUAGAGCAGGUGCUUCUCUAUUGAACAUUUCUGUCUCUCUCUCACGCACAUACACACUUAAACAACUUUCCACACCCUGUGAUACACAGUGUACAGUGUUCCUCUUUGUACUGGAAGGGAAAAAAAACAUUUAUACAGUUCCCAUGACCCAUCACUUAGCAGAACUGCUGGUCAUGCGCUUCAAGACUAAUCCACAGUUACAGCAUGGUAAUGAGUUGUCUUUUAUGCCUAUGACUAAUUUCUUUCUUUCUUUUUCUUUUUUUUUUUGCUAGAUGAAGGCAGGUUUUUUUUUUUUUAAUGUAUAUCUUGUUAUUCAGUAGGAAAUAUGGAGGUGUGUGAAAGUGCAAACAUUUCCAAAUUAGUCAUUCUUUCCAAUCAUUCCUUAAUGUUCAUUGUUUUCAUUCAUAUCCCAGAGUGCUCACUACAUUUUGUAAAUGUAUUACAGUAAUUAAGCAAUAUUGUAGGUAUAUUUUAAUGACUGUAUGUUGUAAAAAAUAGAUCAUUGGAGUAGGUUGAAGUAAACUAUAUUCAUUUUCAGCUUCAGAGCCGUCUCUCUCACACACAUGCACUUAUGUUACGAUUAUUCUGUGACUUGAUUUGACAUCGUGGCACUUUUAAGAAUGGAUCGUUUGAUCAUUGGAAAAGUCAGUUUAUCUUUGGGAGAUUCAUUAUUUACUUGUUCAACAAUGGUAAAUGCAUAAUAUCUCAGGACGACAUUGGUGCAUAUACUCUGUGUGUGUGUGUAUAUAUAUAUAUAUAUAUAUAUAUAUAUAUAUAUAUAUAUAUAUAUAUAUAUAAUACUCAAUACUGUCUACAAACAAUGCAUUCUCUGUAUAUUCUAGUUUUCAAGAUUUUGAGUCAUGGUAUAGUCAUAGGCAACAAUUUACACAUUUGUGAAGUACUCUCACUUGCCACUUUUUAAGGUAAACCUACCUUGUAUCUACACUCAAUGGCUAGUUUAUCAGGUUAAUUUACUAUCAGUAAGUGUAGGUGUGUACUUACUGACUGUAGCCCAUCUGUUGCUAUGGACAAUUUGCCAGCUCUUGUCUACUCCACCCACAGGACCACUGCAACAUGUCACUCAUGUGUCUAGUAAAUGCACCUGAUAAAAUAGCCAGUAAGUGAAGCUACACAAUGUAUGUAUUGUGUCUUAUUAUGAACUACUAACUUGGUGUAUGUCUUAAAUUUGAAAUAUAUUACUCGUGUUUGCUAUGUCACACUCCUUGAGGGUGUUCCAUUGGGAUAGUAGUGUAUAAAUAAACUAAGCAUUUGACACACAUUUCCAGCCAAUCAGACUUUAGAUGGAUCUUAAACUGAACGCUAACUAGCUAUGUGAGAGGGGCUUAUUUAGCUAAAACAACUACACUGCAAAAAAAAAAAAAGUCAUCUAGGCAAGUGUAAAUAACUUGAAGAUAGUUAAAUAUAUCUAGUAUUUCUUAUAAUAAGAUUACAAUAAACCCAGUACAACCCCUGGCAAAAAUUAUGGAAUCACCACACUUGGAGGAUGCAUACCCGGAUUUUUUAACUCAUAACAAAUAAACAAAUCACAUAGGACACAAAACAUUCUUUGUUUCAUAGCUGAAUAUUCUGGCUUCAUGAAACAUACCUCAAAUAAAUUAAAUUGUUUUAAUUAAUGGCAUAUUUUUUUCCCCCCUCAAUUAGAGGGAAAAAAAUAUGGAAACACUCAAUGUUGAGGAGAAAAUUAUGGAAUAAUCAACAACAACAACAACAAAAAAAUCAUAAUUAUUACUUUGUUGCACCUCCUCUGACCUUUCUGUCAGCCUGAAUUCUUUGAGGCAUAGACUUCACAAAGAAAAACAAUAUUCUCCAUCAAGCUGCUUCCAACUUUCUCGAAUACCAGUUGAUAGAUCAGCUUUGCAGGAUGGAGGCUUGUCAUGGACCAAUUUUUGUAAUUUCCACCGUAAUUUUAAAUCAGAUUGCGAUCUGGAUUGUUUGCUGGCCAGGUCACUGAGUUGAUCUGCCUUUCCUGAAGAAAAGCUUUAACACUCUUUGCUCUGUGGCGAGAUGCAUCAUCAUCCUGAAAAAUGACUUCAUCAUCACCAAACCUAUUUUCUAUCGAUAGAAUGAGAAAAGUGUCCAAAAUUUCAGUGUACACCUGUGCAUUGACUGUUGAAGUCUCCCCUGGACCUUUACCUGACAUGCAAACCCAUAUCAUAAAUGAGUGGGGGAAUUUGAUUGUUUUCUUCAGGCAGUCAUCUUUAUAUGUCUCAUUAGCACGGCACCAGACAAAAGUUCCAGCAUCAUCUCCUUGGCCAACGCAAAUUCGUGAUUCAUCACUGAAUAUCGCUUUCCUCCAAUCAUCCACACUCCAUGACUGCUUCUCUUUAGCCCACUGUGAUCUUGAUUUCUUCUGUUUAGGUGUUAGUGCUGGUUUUUGUUUGGCUUUUCUAUACGUAAAUCCCAUUUCAUUCAACCCAUUUCUUACAGUUCUGUCACAAACAUUGAUUCCUGUCUCCACCCAUUUGUUUUUCAUUUGUUUUGUUGUGCGUUUUCUAUUUUCAAAGCAUAUUUCUUUGAGUUUCCUGUCCUGAUGCUUUGACGUCUUCCUUGGUUAACCCAUAUGUUGUCCUUAUAUAACCUUCCUAUUUUGUUUGUACUUGCACAGAAUAUUAGACACAGCUGACUGGGAACAACCAACAUCUUUUGCCACAUUCCGUGUUGGAUUUCCUUCAUGAAAGAGUUUUAUAUUCCUUUCCAUUGUUUCAAUUGACAACUGUCUUGUUGGGGCCAUGUUUCCUUUCAAGAAGUCCAAGGUUAAGGUGUGUAAGCACUCUGAUUUAACUGCAUACUAAUUUGCAUUUUUAGACUUGUGCUCGUAUUUGUUUUAGAAAUGCAAAUUACAGGGGGAUUCCAUAAUUUUUUUCCUCAACAUUGAGUGAUUCCAUAAUUUUUUCCUUCUACUUGAUCCAUAAAAAAAAGACAUUACUUAAAAUAAUUUCAUUUAAAUUGUUUGAGAUAUGUUUCACAAAACCAGAAUGUUCAGCUAUUAAACAAAAAAUGUUUUGUGUACUAUGUGAUUUGUUUAUUUGUUAUGAAUUAAAAAAUCCCGGUGAACAUCCACUAAGUGUGGUGAUCCCAUAAUUUUUUGCCAGGGGUUAUAUAAGAUCAUAAAUAAGAAGAUAAGCCUAUUUCUAAACAUUAUUACUCAUUUCAAGCUUGUCAUUUUCUUAUUCUAUUGGGAGAUGAUUGUGAUUCUUUUUAGAAAUAAAUGCUUAAAAUUAGUGACAUUAUCUGCUAAUAGAACAAGACUCUUUCAAGCUUGAAAUGAGCACAAAUGCUUGAAAUAGGUUUCAUAAUAUUAUACCUGGUUUAUUGUAAUCUUAUAAUAGGAAAUACUAGAUAAAUUUGACUAUAUUUAAAUCUUCUAUAUACAGUACCUUUCCACUUUGCUAAGAUACUGUACAUUUGAGAGGACUUAAGCACCGAAACCCAUGCCUGUAAUAAUGCCUUGCAUGGAAAUUUAUUUUGCAGUAUUGUAAAUACUUUCACAUAGAGAAUAUGCUUUAUAUAUACGAAUUCAGUUGCAAUUUCAGUUUAUUGGAAAACUAUAUUAAAGAUAGGCUCUUUAUGUAAAGUGCUAUGAGUGGUACAUUUGCUAACUGUGGGCUGAACUGCAUGUUUUGUAUGUUUGGAUAAAAAUACACUUAUGUUAAUCAUUUAGAAAACUAUGCCACACCAUGCCAACCCUACAAAUAGAAAAAAAAACUGUUAAACUCAGGGGUUUUAUGGGGUUAACGGUAUGGAAUGUAUAAAUGCAAAAACACAAUUGUUAGGGCUGAUUUUAAAUUAGAAGCAGUAAAAUGUUGUACCCCUUGUAUGUGGUUCUUUAUCUACAGCACAAUCUUUUGUGGAGAAAUAUUUCAGCAUGUGCGGGAAAGGAAGAUGUCUCCAAAACAAUGUGUAUGCAAUUGAAACAUGGGUGUUUAUAUGACAGAGUUCCCAAGGAUUGGUUUGCGUGAAGUGCCAAAUUUCACAUUAAUGUACAUUUAUAAGUGAGUUUAAGAGUCCCUAAUGUGUGAAGUAAUAUAUUUUUUUUUGUAUGAAAGAACUUCUCAAAUUAAGUCUGUCCAUGUAUGUAUUAACUGCUUCCAGACGUCUUGCUUCCUGACAUUGCUUUCCCAAAAAGAUAUAAAUUAGUUUUGCAGACAAUCUGGGGUGGGUAUUUAUUUCUAUGUUCGGUAUCGAAUCAGUAUAGCUAUAAAGAGUGUGAUCUUGGGUAAUUGUUACACUUGAUUCUCCCAUGUAAAUAUGAAAUGUACAUUUUGUAAUGUUGAUGAGGUGAAAGGAUAUUUUUAAUGUUAGUGUAUUUUAUGUGAAAUGAACAUUUUCACCUCCAUGUUGCUGUUUUUUGUUUCCAAAAAUAAAAAUGAAAUGAUUAUGAAGA